GGGCGGAGGAAUUGACUUGCUUGUCGACCAACUACUUUGUAGCGGACAACGGAAUAUUCUCGCACAUACAAACCGUUUGACUCGACGUGAUUGCGAAGAGCAGAAGAAUACAAAAUCGUCACAAUGGUUACGACUUCGUUCAAACUCAACAAUGGCCUGCAGAUGCCAGCUCUUGGUCUCGGAACAUGGCAAUCUCAAGCUGGCGAGGUCAAGACGGCCGUUUCGUACGCGCUGCAAAACGGCUACAAGCUCGUCGACGGCGCCUACUGCUACGGCAACGAGGACGAGGUUGGCGAGGGCCUCAAGGAGGCUUUCGCCGCGGGAGUCAAGCGCGAGGACGUCUUUGUCGUGACCAAGGUGUGGGCGACGUACAACACCCGCGUUGCGGAGGCGCUGGACAAGAGCUUGAAGAGCCUGGGGCUGGAGUAUGUUGAUUUGCUGCUGGUGCACUGGCCUCUUCUGCUAAACCCCAAUGGCAACCACGACAAGUUCCCUACUCUGCCCGGCGGCAAGCGAGAUGUCAUCCACGACUACAACCACGUCGACGGCUGGAAACAAAUGGAGGCCGCUCUCGCGUCUGGCAAGACAAAGUCCAUCGGCGUCAGCAACUACAGCAAGCGAUAUCUCGAGCAGCUCCUCCCCAGCGCCACCGUGGUCCCCGCCGUCAACCAGAUUGAGAACCACCCCAGCCUCCCCCAGCAGGAGAUUGUCGACUUUUGCAAGGAAAAGGGCAUCCACGUCAUGGCCUACAGCCCUCUGGGCAGCACGGGCAGCCCUCUGAUGACGGCAGAGCCGGUAGUCAAGAUUUCCGAGAAGAAGGGCGUUUCCGCAGGAACAGUCUUGCUAAGCUACCACGUCAACCGUGGUAGCACAGUCCUCGCAAAGUCUGUUACGCCGUCGCGCAUCAAGUCCAAUCUGGACAUUGUCACUCUUGAUGACGAGGACAUGAAGCUGUUGAACGACUAUUCAGACGACCUGACCAAGAAGGGCGAGCUGAAACGCUACGUCUACCCACCAUUUGGCGUUGACUUUGGCUUCCCCGAUAAAUCAUAAAAUAGAGCAGAGUAAUAAAUGAAACGAGUAUGUUUACAGUAUUAGAAUUAGCUACCAAUCAACCAAUCGCCAUGAUAUAUUCCCAACCACAACUUUCUACCCCUUCUUCAUUCCAGUGUUCUUUUCUUUCAGUCGUAAUGUCAUCUCAUAGCCUCUUUAUCUGAAUUUUGAACUAUUUAUCCAAUCAUUUCUUUGUGUCAAUCACAACCUUGAGAACCAGUUUACCCUCACCAUCCUUGACUUUUCCCGCCAAUUUAAACGCCUCUUGCACUGCGUCAAGGCCCUUGACUCGAUGUGUGAUGAGCUUUUCCAGGUC